AUGAUUCUCUCUCGUACUCGUCCAUCUGUUUUCAUUCCAAUAAUCACAUUUGCAUGGGGAUCUGUCGCAGCCUUGAUAGGAGCUGUCCGUAACCAAAGCCAACUAAUAGCCCUAAGAUUCCUUCUUGGGGUCUUUGAAGCAGGAUUUAGUCCAGCUGUGAUCUUUUUGAUUUCUACAUGGUAUCGAAAGAACGAGCAGUCAAAACGGUUCCUCAUCUUCCUGACCGCAGGAAUACUGUCGGGAGCCUUUGGUGGUGUAAUAUCAGGAGCCAUCACAACGACAUUAGAUGGCGCACACGGUAUCCGCAGCUGGAGAUGGCUCUUCAUAGUCGAAGGAGUCGCAACUGCCGGUGUAAGCUUGGUAGUCCACUGGACACUGCUCGACUACCCGCACAACAGUCGGGGACUAUCCCCCGAAGAACGAAGGCUAGCUCAACAGCGACUCCUCCAGGAUAGAAUCGCCGAUCGCCUUGACUCCAAACCCCCAAACAUCCCCAUACUUAUACUCUUGCUCGAAGCACUCUCAAACUGGCGAACAUGGGUAUUGGUCCCGGGGUCCAUGACCCUUGUAGGAGCCGGGGCAAUCUCAUACUUCUAUCCAGCUUUGGUCAAGGACAUGGGAUACACUUCCACUACGGCGCAGUACAUGACAGCUCCACUCUAUAUUACCUCUCUGGCUGCCGCUAUCCCGAUUUGCUGGUUCGCUGAUCGCAAUCCCCAUACUAGGGGACGGCUACUGGUGGGCAAUAUGAUGGUCGGGAUGGUGUUUUUCGCUCUUACGGCGGGUAUUCGGAACUAUACUGCGCGAUAUGUGUUUCUGUGCUUCAUUAAUAUGACUCUCUGGACGGGGAAUGCGUUGGCUCUUUCAUUUGCUACUACGGCUCUGGCCUCGGUUGCUCGUGAUGUUCGUGCGAUCAUGCUCGCGUGGAUGACUAGCGUUGCUGCUUUGGCGCAGUUAUAUGGGACCGCCCUGUUUCCGGCGGAAGACUCGCCUGGGUACGUCGUUGGGUUUUCGGUAUUUGCUGCUACUUUUGCUGUUGGGGCUGUUUGUUACGGUCUGGCGGAUAUUUUGUUCAAGCGUUAUCCAUAA